AUUAGACCAUACCAAUUAAUUUUACAUACACUUCCUAUGUACUCCCUUAAAUAAUAACUUGAUAUAAGAGUCUCUAAAAGUGGAAUCAUAAUUUUUAGGCCCAAUUGUAAUAAAUUUAAAAAAUAAAAUAUUUCACCGGAAAUGGGGAGGCGGAAAACUAUCGAAAAUCAAUUAUUUCUGUGGUAUUAUUUUUGGUAUAUACUACUAUUUGUUUUUAUUUUGAAUACUUUCAUCUGGCCACACUCCCCCUCCUAUAAUUUUGUUUUGGUUGUAGCUUUGGAAAAAAAUGGUUUUAUCAAAGGAGGAGACGGAAUUCCUGAAGCGCAAGCAUGAGCACACGCUUAAACUGCGCAAUGAAUACCUGAAGCAAAGCUCCAAUCCUUUCCGUCAUGCCACCGGUGAAGGAGGCACUGUGUUCGACGCAGGAUUGUCCCGCUUCCAGGCUAUGCGCGUGUCAAACUAUGAGCACUUCAAGCCCACUGGCAAGUCUUUCCGCACUGGUCUCUUUGCCGUGGUCCUGCCAAUUGCCCUUUACGCUUGGGCCCUGAAGGCCGAACGAGACUCCCGUGAGGAGAAAUACCGGACCGGCCAGGUGUCCUACAAGGAUCGCCAGUUCAAGUUCAUCUAAGUAAUUCAUCCAACUGUUACUAUUCUCGUACUCUUCAAUUGUAGUGGAAAUUAAACGAAAAUCCAAAAUAUUGUUAA